AUGGAUCUCUAUCCCCGCUUGUACCAGGAGAUCCGUGAAAAAGGCCUCAACUCUAUCAGCCACGAGUCGGACGAUGAUCUUCUCGACAUCCCGGAAGAGCCCCCAAGUUCAGACUCCAUUAUUGUGGUGAGCAAUUACCGCCCUGCUCAUGUCACCUGGAGCCAGCUCCCAGAGGUGCAGGAAGCAGGAAUUCUGGAUUCGAUAUCCCAAGAGGAACGCAAAAGGCAAGAGGCAAUUUUUGAGAUUGUGACUUCGGAGUAUUCCUACAUGAGGAGCCUGGAGAUCCUGGUCAACCACUUCUUGAAGUCCGAGGGACUGAAGGAGACCAUGACCCAGACGGACCACCACCACCUCUUCUCCAACAUCGGGGACAUCUUGGCGGUCAGCAAGAACUUUUUUGAGGACUUGGAAAAGAGGCACCAGGAGAACGUCCUGAUCCCAGACAUCAGCGACAUUGUGGCGGCUCACGCCAGCGACCAUUUCAAUCCGUACGUCAUCUAUUGCUCCAAUGAGGUCUACCAGCAGAGGACCCUUCAAAAGCUCUUAGCCACAAAUCCAGCCUUUAAGGAGACCUUGAAGCAGAUUGAGCAGAAACCAGAGUGUGGCAGCCUUCCUUUGAUCUCGUUUCUCAUCCUCCCCAUGCAGAGAGUGACCCGCUUGCCUCUGCUCCUCGAUACUGUUUGCCAGAAGACACAGAUGUACACUCCGGCUUACGAGGCUGCCACUCAAGCCCUGAAGGCCAUAAGUAAGCUUGUGAAGCAGUGCAAUGAAGGUGCCCACACCAUGGAGCGGACGGAGCAAAUGUGCACUUUGCAGAAGCAGCUGGCGUUUGGGAAAAUCAAGAACUUCCCAUUGAUUUCUGCAUCUCGGUGGCUGCUGAAAAGAGGGGAGCUCUCCUUGCUCCUGGCAGAAGAAGGAGGGAUUUUCCGGAAGGGCUUUGGACGUGGGGCCGGCUAUCUCUUCGUCUUCAACGACGUCCUGAUCAUCACCAAGAAAAAGAGCGAGGAGAGUUACACGGUCCUGAACUAUGCCAUGCUGGACCAAAUCUCGGUGGAGAAAAUGGAAAACCCAGAUGCUCCUUCAUCUCCGUCUGGGAAGCCCAGCUCGAGCGGCAUCUCCCGCAACGUCCACUUGUUCCGGGUCUCCAUGAACAGGGACAGCGAAGGCAAGCAAGAGACGAUUGUGUUGGCGGCAGAAACCCUAAGUGAUCGCGCCCGAUGGAUCAUGGCCCUGACACACAGGGAGGACAAGAAGACGAGCGCUGCAAACAAAGGAGAUCUCAAGCAAGUGGAGAUUACUCGGCCGUUCAUGGCUAAGCAGACGGAUGAGAUUUCCCUGCAGCAGGCGGAUGUUGUCUUGGUCCUGGCUGGAGAAGAGGGUUGGUACUUAGGGGAGCGUCUGCGGGACGGCGAGAAAGGCUGGUUUCCCCAAAGCUGUGCCCAAGAGAUCACCAACCGCAGCACCGUGGAGCGCAACGUGCAGCGCAUGGAGCGGCUGCGGAUCGAAACGGACGUAUAAGGUGGGUCCUAGCAGACCUUCGUACACCAGAGCACUUUGGGAUAGGAUGCAACUCACCUGGGUCCUGACACUAAUGGGAUUGGAAGUGAGCUCCCCUUUGUUUUUCGAAGGGGCAGGACUGGAAGGGUGAAGAAAUGGGUGAAUGCCGCUCCAAAACUGAGCCUAAGCGAGCAGCAACCCAGGAUUAAACCCAUCUCCAGACCAGCAUGUGCAACAACCUUAUUUACACCAUCUGGAUGGGAUAUUUUGCUCAGUGUAAGUCUGAAGGUAAUUGGGAUCUUGCAAUAUGGAAGAGAAAGAGACACAUCUCCAGCACACGAUGUAAAGGGACCGCAACAUGAGCAAGACGUCAUGUUGCGUAAUGGAAGCUCCCAUCCCAUAUAACAGAUCCUGCCACGCAACGAAGAAUCCCAGUCUCCAAAACCAAAGGAAGGUGGACAUGAUUGUUUUUCCCAGCUGAAGAUGCCUUUUCCAUCUCCUGUUUCCUGGCUUACAUGUGUCCAGUGGCUCUUUCUCUUUGCGGUAUCGUUGUGCAAGGCUAGCCUGCCUUGCAAACAGUUGCACAACUGCACAUUGCUAAACGGCGCCAACGUGUGUUGCCUUAGGGCCUGUCCCAUAAAGGAAGCUGGCCAAUGUUUUGGGUUAUUUUUUCCUUUCUUACACCAUUUGCAUGCAAAUCAUCCAUUUCAGUACAUUGUCAGUUACGGAGUACGCCUCAAGUUGUGUGUCAUAGCACUGGCAUGUCCCCGUCCCCCCCAGUGCCAUAUCUGUAUCAUAUGAUUAACAUGUUUUUAUUGUUUCUUGGAGACCAAUUGCAUUGCCAUAGCUGAGUGUCUCAUGGGUAGGAACCAGUCUGUGAAUAGCACUAAACCACCCCAAUCCCAUUUUUCAAUAAUUUCUGGCUCGUUCCUCGUCUAUGGACUCCAACGUCAACACUUUGGAGUAAAGGCACACUCUUGUGUAUUGAAUGUGACUCAGUUGGGUUAAUAAAUGAGCAGUGAUUUCACAA